UACUCAAGAAGAAAAUCGAUAAAUUUCGAUUACGACCCGUCAUCACUAGUGCAUCGUUAUACCCUGCAAGAGCAUUCAUCCGUACACCUUUAUCCCGUGCAAUGAAUGGUCUAAUCUUGUCCGGCCCUCAUUUUGGGACCCGGAGUCUCUGCAUCGUACGGCCGAUGAGUAUUUUGACGAUCAACCGGCUGCUCUACCCGGACUUCCCCUGAUCCUGAGAUUGAAUGCAUGAAAACGAAGCCAACGAGCAAGAAGAUGGCAACCUCUGAGAAGGCUCCCUCGUCCGAAAACCAGGUCCGACUCUUGAUAUGGACUGUUCCUCGCUCUCUUUCAACAGUUCUUUCCAAAUGUCUGAGCUUCGUCGAAAACACAAAGGUUUUCUUCGAAAUGUAUGAAAGCAUCUUCAUUGCACCGGGGGUGAAGACAGAGGAUGAAAUGGCUAACAUGUCUGAAGAAGAACAGAAGUUUUUGUUGGCUGUGAGGGAAAAAGCCCAUGGGAUAUCAGCAGGGGUUGAUGCAUCUCAAUGCACCUUCCAAGGUGUCAAAGAGCAACUCGAGGAAGCCCAUACUGGGAAGAAGUUCAUCUUCUCCAAAGACAUGGCCUAUGCUGUCAUGGACCGGCUGGAGUCCAUCCCGAAGGGUUUCCGGCACCUGUUCCUCAUUCGUCAUCCUCUUAAAGUCUUCCCGUCUUGGAAGAGGUCGUUCCUGCCAUUAGUGCCGUAUAUGUCUCUAGCAGAUGACUAUCGUUUGGAUGACCUGCCUCAAAAAUAUUUCCCAAAAGGUUUUGGCUACAAGGAAGUCUAUGAGUUGUUUGAGCACGUGAAGAAGGAGCUCGACCCUGAAGCAAUCAUCAUCGACGCCGAUGACCUUCUCAAAGAUCCUAAAGGUAUCCUGUCAGCAGUCUUCAAUGACAUCGGCUUGCCCUUUGAUGAGAAGAUUCUAAACUGGGAGGCAGGGGAUGCGGUCAUUGAACAAUGGAUCAUCCCUCGUCUGUACGUGCAAGUGGACCAGUUGGUAGGUUUCUACAAGAACGCUCUGGACAGUACGUGCUUUCUUAAGCCCAAGCCCCUUCCAGAUCGCUCUUCUAUUUCUCCUGAUCUCCUUCCUUUUGUUGACGCUUCCAUGCCAUACUACCAGAAAAUGUACAGCCAGCGCCUAUCUGCGUCAAAGUCGUAGAAUUUGAUGAAGGUGUCACAAAUGAUUAUAAGAAAGCCUGUUGUAUACGAAUGGAAAAAUUCCGCUUGUUGACUUAAUGUGUUUUGAGUGUGUUCAAUUUGGAGAUAUAUCAUUAAUUUUAAACAAGGGAUCGGGGUUUAACACUUCCGUGUGCAUGGGACGAAUGCACAACGAUUGAACUGAUUAUCGAUAACGCUAAACAUUAUGCUGUACGUUUCUUCAAUUAGUUUAACAGCUAUGCCUUUUAAUUCGGUGGUUGAAUGUGUUCAUAGUUGUAGACAUUUAUUUCUUGUGUAUUAUGUAGUAACACUCACAUUAAUACUCAUCUGUCUUCGACUUUCUAUUGUUUUGAAUAGAAACAAAUGCUUAAUUUAAAUAAAUUACUGCAACGCGUCGGU